UUUUUAUGAGCCUAAGAUUAAGGGUUAACAAACCCGAAACGUGUCAGGCUUGUGUCCUGGUGUGGAAGCUGUGAAUACUGAAGCCGUUCCUUAAGAUCCGGAGCGCCGUCUUCUUCCUGUCAUGUUGGUCGGUGCGGCCGGGAGAGCCGCUGUCUGAGCACCGGGAAGCAGCGCAGUGUGAGGGGCAGGGGGAGUUCGCUGCUUUGGGUGCACAAUGCCUCAGCUGGUUUCAUAGCAAAAGAGAAGAAAUAGUCUUUACCCACACUGAGCCGAAAUCUGCCCCAGAAUGGGAAGGACUGGUUUAUUGAUAUGGUCAGUAAUACUAUGCAUAUCUGUGAGGAAGACAGAGUCCAUGACAGAGAAUGGCUUCACAUUUCUGCGAGUUGGUGAAGUCAGUAGCGAGUUGCAAUGCAAGAGGGAAUGCAAACUUGCCAAGCUCUCAGGAGAAAUUCCCUGUAACUGGCCUGUGCUAAUACACAAUCGAUGUGUCUUCUUGCAUUGCCAUAGUCUGAGAAUUUGUCGUAAGGCUGGAUCAAGCCAAACUGUACAGAAUUUGUUAGACAAAAACUCACAGAAGAAAAGAAGAAAAAUAAAUGAUCAGAAAUCUAAAUAUUCAGGAACACCUGAUGCCUAUAGGAGCAAUAAACAUAGAUUAAAGAGAUCCCUAGCAAAAAGAUUUGUUAAAAAGAGACUUGUUGUCAAAAGGCAAUCAGGAGACCUGCCAGUUUCAGAUGCAACCAUUAGCACCCUUAGUUCAACAUCAACCACAUCUACCAGCACAGUGGCUGCUAUGUCCACUACAGAACAAACCUCAACUGCCCUAGCAACAACUGCAAAGCCACCAACCACCUCAUCCAUUCUGAUAACAAUGACUAAGUCAUCACCAACCUCAUCUUUCCUGGCAACUACAAAGACUUCAACCACCAUAUCGGCCGAAACAACCACGACAAAGUCAUCAACCAGCACUUCUGCUAUUACAGCAACCACUCCAACAACAAUACUUAAUCCAACAUCCAACAUAAAAAGUAAUGAAACCAUAGUUUUAGAGUCAUUACCAAAAAAUCAAGUUGUAACUGAAACGCCAGAACAAUUACAUUUGGUACCCACAAUAGAGCAAAUAGAAACAAUAAACACCACGUCAAAAGAAACAUUUACAAUGGAUGCAAUAAACUCAGAUCACAAAACUUUAUCAUUUGAGCAGGAAACCUUUAAGCCAACAAUCCGUUUUACUACAGUUAACAAAUCUAUAACCACAAAAGCUACAACCUUGCAGCCAACCCUAGAAAGAGACUUGUUGACCACCACAGUGUCAACACUUGCAUCAGCUACCUCCUUACCAGCUAUAACCAUGACAACUACUGCAAUAACAUUAUCAACCACCACAGUGCCAACAUCAUUGUCUACAGUAGUGCCAUCAACCACCAUUGUGCCAUCAACAAUAUCAUCAACCACCACAGUGCCAACAACAAUAUCAACCACCACAGUGCCAACAACAACAUCAACCACCACAGUGCCAACAACACCAAUGACCACCACAUUGCCAACAACACCAAUGCCACCAACCACCAUAACAUCAACAAAUGCAGUUACUGGUAUUUUGCCAUCAAUGACAAGUACCACACUACUAAAAACACAGAAGUCUCCAGACAAGAUAACCAUGUCCACACCCAAGCUAAGUGCAUCUCCUACUACUGUUUCCAAUAUUGGUUCACCUGUUGGACCACCUGCAGAAGAUACAGGCCAAAAUAAAGAUGGCGGGGGAGUAUAUGAUGUCUCGGAGGAGGUAACACUCCAUGUCCAGAAUACUAGUUUUUUGUUAGCAGUGCUCUUGUUGGGCAACUUAUUGUUCAUAGCUAUUAUAGUUGUGUUUUCUCUUCAGGCUUAUGAGAGCUAUAAAAAGAAAGACUAUACUCAAGUAGAUUAUUUAAUUAAUGGAAUGUAUGCAGAUUCAGAAAUAUGAGGCUGAUAUGAGAAAUUAUUUUCAUCAUCCAAUGGACAUUAGCAAUUUUUUACAAAUAUUUUUAUCUUCCAUUACCACCUUUGGUGCUUUGUUUAUCAAGUCUUAACAUCCAAAGUGAACAAACUGCCACUCUGGUUGAAUUCUUGGCUGCUAAAUGGUGAGAACAUUGCUUCACACAGUGGAUAAAAGGAGUGGGUACCUAAGCUACAACAAGUGUGUGCUAAAUUCAGAGUGAAAACUGUAACUUUCCUUUAUUUUCUAACAACAGGGUUGGACUGGGCCAGGGGAACACCAGGAGAAAACCCAGUGGACCCUUGCUGACCCAGGCCCACUAGUUAUAGGAAGCAGCAAGCGUGUGCUCAUGGGGGAGUGGGGUGCACAUUGAGAGGGGUGCCCCUGGAGAUUGUCAUGGGGGGCCCUUCAAGUCACAGCCCCGGUGGGCCACCACUGCCCCAGUCCAAUGCUGUGUGAGAAGGUAUCAUUGCAGUAUUUAUAAUAAAACAUUCCACAGUAAUGAAAAAUGUCACUAAUCUAACAAAAACUUGUAAUGUGUACAGAUCUAAGCAUACCUUUACUGACUGGUGCUGCUUCUCAACAGAGUUCAUCCUGGACGUGUAUUUCAUGGACCUCUAUAGUAACAUUCAAUAAACCCGUACAUCAAAGCCUUUUAGUUUCACAGAGCUUAUAAUACAUCAAUGUGUGCAGUCAUAAGCCUGCUCUAUAACCAUCUUCACCCUUUGUUUUUCAAUGUAUUUCAAAAUGUGCAUACAAAUUAGAAGCCUCCAUCUUGGAUGGGAAUCUUUUGCUUGAUAUUGCAAACCAUUGUGAUAAGGAAGAGUAUAUUUAACCCAUAUAUGCCUUGCUAAUGGGAAACCUCUGGGAAUCGGUUUUACAUUUUGUGUAAUGUUCUUUUGAUGAAUUACAGGUUUUAUACAUAUCAAGUGCUUCCAAAUUACGUGUUGUGCAGCCAAGAUUGGCACACUGUGAUUUUACCUUUCAGCAAGAUGAGUGAAUAACAUGUUAUCCUAAUUAUAUGUAAAUAUAAAUAUAUUUUGCUACACAUAAAGUUUACAUUUGUUCUUUU